AUGAUAUCGGAAGGAGCGACCAAGAGCCACGGUCACAUGUCCGCCCAGCAUCAAGACUCUGACCACAUCACCUCUGCAAACAAUCCCGCAGCCCAAGUCGACGGCACAAAGCUCUUGGAGGGUGCAAUGAGCAACGAUGACGGCCCAAAGAAGUCCAUGAGACGCAUUCUUCCUGAGAAGAUCGCGGAGGUUGGCGAGUGGAAGGUUGCCAAGGAAGACGAUGCUAAGAAGUCUAUGAGGCGCAUUCGCCCCGAAAAGAUCGCAGAGGUUGGCGAGUGGAAGGCUGCGAAGGAAGGGCGAUGA